AUGAACAUAAUAAUCAAAAGAAUGAGAAGCCAAAUCGACCCAAGAAACAAUCGUUUGGUCCAAAAAUUGAUAGAUGAUGGAGUGAUUAAAUCAAGCCAAGUCACUGAAACUAUGCGCUCUAUUGAUAGAGGCUUAUUCAUCAAGAAAGCUGACGAAAGUAUUUAUUUCGAUUCUCCGCAUUCAAUAGGAUACUGCGCAACUAUAUCAGCCCCUCAUAUGCACGCAUAUGCACUUGAAUGGCUAAAAGACUAUUUAACUCCUUAUUCUCAUGUAUUAGAUAUUGGAAGCGGGUCAGGAUAUUUAACCCUUUGCAUGUCUGCAAUUAUGCAUAAAAUGGUGCAUGAAGUCUGACCCGUCCUCUCGGGUAACGGCUACUUAUAUAUAUCUGGGUAUGUGUUUUUGGCCAUUAAUUUGCUCAGCAGUAGUUGGGUGCCAUGCAGUGAAGGACCUAAGCACAAAUCCCUAGUUUGUGGGCUGACCCAAUGGACAGUUACUUGUGAGUUCUUUUGGCCAGCAGCCAGUGGGCAUACGAUAUUUCCUUGCUCUACUGUGGUUUGCCCCUAAUCGUGGAAGCGGUUGUGCAUUUUCCCAGGGAUGACCUGAAAAAUGGGAGUUAGACUAGACAUCACUUAUCAAAUUGGUUCUUUUAUUUCAGGGCCUUCGGGCGAUCUGGCUAAUGAAUGAUAGGUAGGCCGGAAUAAUUAGAAGGGCAAGAGACCAAGUUGAAAAUUAUUGUGCCCGGCGAAAGUCACCAACCCAAAAAGGGAACCACUACCAAGAAGCGGGGGUUUCAACCUGAGUUUUUAGUUACAAGAGGUGGAAGCCAAUUCACUUUCCACCAGGCGACUCAAGUUGCACAGAGUGCCAUUCCAUAGAUGCAGAGACCUUAAAUAUGUAGCUUAAUCUAAUCUUAUUUUUUUAUCUCUGCAAUGAUGGGCUUUACUGGUAAAGUAAUUGGUGUUGACCACAUUGAUAAAAUUGUAGAGGACUCUAUACAAAAUAUUCGCAGAUCCCAUUCCGAAGUAUUGAGUAGUGGCGCAAUAGAAAUGUAUACUGCUGAUGGCCGUAAUGGAUAUCCAUUAUAUGCUCCUUAUAAAGCAAUCCAUGUCGGAGCUGCAAGUGAUGGGAUCCCACAAGCGCUUUUAGAUCAGCUUGACGUAGAUGGAAGAAUGGUGAUUCCAGUCGGCCUUCCAGGGUCUACCCAACAGAUAAAUAUAAUUGACAAAGAAAAGAAUGGGAAAGUUAGAAUUAGACAAGCUUUGGCAGUGUCCUAUAUUCCUCUCUGUGAAAGAGAAAAGCAAUGACCUCGAAGUAUGUAA